CGCGGGGGCGGGCACUGCCGUGCGCCGCUGCCGGCCGGCUCUGAGGUGAGCGCGGCGGGCCGGGGACUCGGCCGGGGGGAGCGGCGCUAGCGGGUCCGUCCCUCCCGGUCGCCUGAGGGUCCGGGGUGGCAGGUUUGGAAGAACAGCAUCCUCUGAACUUCAGAAACCUGGAGUUCUUAUCAGAGAGCUACCUAAAGGAAUCUACAGAAAUUAUAGCUGUAGCUUCCUUGCCAUUACUUUUUUGGUGUUUGUACCACUUUUUCAGUGGUUUUAGAUCAAGGAACAUUAUGAGCACAACUCAACGGAAGCGUCGUGGAGGAGCAGUUAGUUCUAGGCAAGCUCAAAAAAGAAACAGGCUUAUGGCUUCUACUGCUGAAAUGGCUUCAGAAGCAGAACCAAUAGAACUUGAAGAAAGUGCUGGUGAAGAAGUAGUAGAUCUCACAUGUGAAUCUUCUGAUCCUGUAGUCGUUGACUUAACUCACAAUGACUCUGUUGUGAUUGUUGAAGAGAACCAACGACAAAGGAGAAAUCUCAGACUAAGAAGCCAGCGACAGUCAGACAGCUGUGUACUCAGUAGUGAUGAUGAAGAUGAAACAAGAGAUAAUGAUGUGUAUGUGGCUGAUAAAGCAUCUCGAGAACUGGGACCACUGGAAGAGGAAACUGCAAGUUCUAAGCCGUCUGGUACUGUUAGCUGUCCAAUUUGCAUGGAUGUCUACUCAGAGAUUGUGCAAAGUGGACGACUGAUUGUGUCAACAAAAUGUGGCCAUGUCUUCUGCAGUCAGUGCCUCCGUGAUUCCCUUAGGAAUGCCAACUCUUGCCCAACCUGCAGGAAGAAACUCACUCACAGACAAUAUCAUCCCAUUUAUAUAUGAGUAUUUUUAUUUCUCAGGACAGACUCAAAUGGAUUUUGGGGGAAAUGUUAUAUUUUCAGUGCUCUGAAGAUUUAAAGAGCAUCAGGUUGUGCACAAAUCCAAAUAAAACUGGUUUUUUUUUGGAGACCAACUUGAACGUAUCUAGACAGCUUUUUUUAUGGUCUUAGUUACUUCUUGUUAUGUUCCUGGUUAUCAUGCUACAUCGAUGACGGUGUCUAAGCUACACCAGCAACCUUGACCAGGAAGGAAGCAGUUAAUCCAUUUCCUUCUACUUUUUUUAAUGCUUAAAUGAGGGAGUUUGAAUAUUUUGUUCUUUCUUACUCUGUAAAUUAUUCCUACCUUCACAUACAGGUAUGGAAUGGUUUCCUUUCAGAAAACAGAUCAGCCAUUUACAAUUUCAUUACACCUUUUUUUUUUUCAUCCUGUAAGAAGCUCGUGACUCUUGCUUUCUUGCAUAUUAUUGCCCAAGUAGAGUGUUCUGUACUGAUGGGUUGUUUUUUCAUAAAUCAGUCUUAAAUUGACAACAAAGGUUAUGCAAUAAAGUAAACUGCUGUUAACCAGCAGUCAUGUAUUUUGGACAGAAGAUUUGAACAUGCAGAUGUUUUUAUGAACUCCAUGAGAUCCCAAGUACAUAGACACAUUGCAGCAUGUACAACGUGAACAUAAUUUCUUGAUUGUUUUAACUGCCAAUAAUUCCUGUAUUUUAAUCCAAACACUGAAUUUAUUUUCUAACAUGAUGAGAUGCUCUCUUGGGUUUAAUUGUGGUGUAACACUCUCUCCUAAUAACUAUCAAGAAUACAGUCUUCUCUAGGCUUCCUAGUGAUGAACAAGAAGCAAAUUCAUCUGUAUGCUGAAUACCAAACUACCUACAGAUCAUCUUACUCUGUCAGCUGUUCCUGGUGUAAUGCUUUAAGUUCAGUGUGUUCACUUUGCUGUUCUCAGUGGUUACACUGACACCUGACUGGAUGUAGCCUGGUGAAUAGGAUUGAAAAUUAAAUAACUGUACUGCCAUUAUUGAGUGGAGGCUUUAAAAAGCAUUUGGUAGCAAUGUUGGCAGCUUGUUGGAGAAAAGUUUAAUCUCCCUUUGCCCUGAGGGUUGUCCAGUUUUCUUUAAAUGCAGUUUUAAUAAUAAAGUCAGAUAUCCUAGGAAAGACAAUUCCUCUAGUUGAGAAGGCAGGAAUACACCAGUUUAUGCACUCUUAUCCAGUCACUUUUUCCCCAGGAAUGAGUUCUAAAUGUCUAUUUUAAACUUACAGCUAAAAUGUCCAAGCUGAUGUGGAAUCCAGGGUGCGCUGAUACAAACAGGCUGAUGUAGAUAAGAUAAUUAAAAUCAGUGGUUUAUGAUCUACAGCUGUGGUAGGUGCAUCUAUGAAAAACUCCAGAAUUAAACUUGGCCAUCUCUUGGCAGUUGGUUGCUUAUAGAAACCAUUAUGAGAACCAUUCUGUGCCCUGGUGCAGCACAAUUGAAGGAUGUGUUUAGUUAAUGUUGAUAACACACGUGUCUUUGCUAACCUUGGGAUCUGUAGGAAGCCUUUAAUUAAAGAAGCUCUUCUAAAUUAGCUGUCUCCAGCUGCCUUGCAACCCAAAGUAGACUUUUUUUUUUUAUUUAAUUAGGAUAUUUCUGAAUAUAGUAAUAGAGAAUUUUGUUACAUGAAGGCUGUCUCAAGAAAUGCUGUACUUUCCCCACCCUGGUUUGGACUGGCUUUGGUUCAGUGCUGUUAGCAGGAAUAUGCAGUUUCUGUGUUGUGGCAAUAGGGUGACUCCUACAGAGUUACACACAGGUACUUGCUGUGUGCUCCCAUGGGUAAGAUAAAUUACAGCCAAGGACUGUGGCUAUCUCAGAAUACUGUGGUGCCAGUGAUGGCUACAUUUGUGUCCCAAAAAGCAGAGUUGAUGCUUAAAGUAUUAAUUGUGUGAAGAGUAGCAGCCCAACAUUAAAACUGUAUGGACCCAUAAGGGUCACAGAAACUACUUUGUCCCAGUGGCUUAACAAAGAAACAGUAAAUUAUGGCUGGUUUUCCUGGGGUGGCUGCUGUGUGAAAGGAAUGAUCAGAAGAGGAUUUAAGGGAUUACUACUGAGGAUAAGGAUGAGUCACUUAACCGUGCAUCUUUCACAGUCUACUAGCCAUAGCCUAAAUGAUUUUGCACAACUUCCUCCAUGUAAAUACCACUUUAGAGUUAGUGUCUCAAUAAAUAGAUCUAAUUGAAAUUUGGAUAUCAUAAGCUAUAACAAAAAGUUUUUAGCUUCUGUGAACCCUGUGAAGUGCCACAAAUUUUGUGCAUCUCAAAACAGUAUGUCUCAGUACAUGGGAAAAAAAUUGGAAAUUCCUUACAUGUUUUUUUUCUUCAAGGGAAAAAGUCUGAUGUAUUUCAGUUCCAGCAAUAUUUCACAUUGACAAGAACUCAUAGAAAAUGAAAAGAAUCUUUAUAUUACGUAGAUGUCUGUCUUGUUGUAUAUAGUUAAAUUUUUCCUGUAUUUAAUUGUAUUCAAGUCUGUCUGCCUAUCUAUGUUGAACUCUGCUGGUAGUCAGAGGGUUCUCUUAACAGGUGAAAAUAAAACAAUUGGAUUGAUCAA